AUGCUCGUACCCGGCUGGGCCGCAGCGCUUUUGCUCCUCGCGUCGGCCCUCGUCGCCGCCUCGUCCUCCUCCUCGUCAACCCCCGUCGCGUCCACCUCGUUCACCAACAACUGGGCCGUCCUCGUGUGCACCUCGCGCUUCUGGUUCAACUACAGGCACAUCGCCAACACCCUCGCCAUGUACCGCACCGUCAAGCGCCUCGGCAUCCCCGACUCGCAGAUCAUCCUCAUGCUCGCCGACGACGUCGCGUGCAACCCGCGCAACCCGUUCGCCGGCACCGUCUACUCGAACGCCGACCGCAAAGUCGACCUGUACGGUGAAAAGAUCGAGGUCGACUACAAGGGCGAGGAGGUCACGGUCGAGGCCUUUCUCCGCCUCCUCUCGGGCCGCCUCCCCGAGUCGACGCCGGCGUCCAAGCGCCUCCUGACCGACUCGCGCAGCAACAUCUUCGUCUACAUGACCGGCCACGGCGGCGACGAGUUCCUCAAGUUCCAGGACAACGAGGAGAUCUCGGCGUUCGACAUUGCCGACGCGUUCGCCGGCAUGUGGGCCAAGAAGCGGUACAACGAGAUCUUCUUCAUGGUCGACACGUGCCAGGCCAACACGCUGUACAGCAAGUUCUACUCGCCCAACAUCCUCGCGACGGGCUCGAGCGAGAAGGACCAGAACUCGUACUCGCAUCAUGCCGACAACGACAUCGGCGUCGCCGUCACGGACCGCUACACGCACCACGUCCUCACGUUCCUCGAGUCGAUCAACAAGACGUCGCAAAUCCCCAUGCAGAACCUCUUCGACACGUUCUCGCACGAGGUGAUCCGCUCGACGCCCGGCGUGCGGAGCGACCUCUUCCCGCGCCCGCUCGACCAGACGCUCCUCACCGACUUCUUUGGCGCCGUCAGCCAGGUCGAGCUGAGCGGGGCCGGCGAGGCGGCGCAGGGCGGGGCGAUCGAGGAGGAGGAGGACGGCGAGGUCGACGAGCGGCGGCAGGACCAGGCGGCGACGGUGGGACUGAGGCGCUCGCCGCGCGCUGCGCCGAGGCGCGCUCGACGUGCGGCAGUCGCUGCGUCACCUCGCACGGGCCACGGUGCCGCCGGCGAGCCAGCGACGUCGUCUACGGCGCGUCAGACGCAGGCCGCGCUCGCUGUGGCAGCGGCGGUCGGGCUGUUGCACGUCGGCGGGGCGCUCCAUGGGCGGCGGAAACGACGGAGGGAGGCGUAGCAGGAGGAACGCGCGU